AUGCCGGCCAGGGUGGCUUCACAACAAACGACUACCGGUACGAGAGUUAGAGCGGGAAGCAACAGUCAGUCGCAAGCAUCAAAUAAUCUGGGAGGCAGUGAAUGGGAGUCGAGUGCAUUCACGGAUAUUGAUUAUGGUGCAGAAGCUUCAUCACGAAAUCGUCUUCAGAAGAAGCCCUCGAAUCCCUCUGUGAACGUGCAGAGUACAUCCUUCCUGCCCUCUGCGCAUGUCCGUUCCAGCAAUGCCGAGUCCCAAUCUGGGUUUGCAAACCGUAAAAGGCAGUUGUCGAUUCACAAUCAGAAGGGACCCUUGGGUCCUCGACCCUUGGAUGCUUCGACAGGAAAGAGAUCUUUCAGCAACGUAGCCCAACCACAUCCUUCCGCAACGGUGAACGAUUCGCAUUCUCCUCAUGAGCGACAAGAGCCCAUCAAUAGCAUAUCACGUUUCAGCUUUGCGUCCAUAAGUCCAGAGAACUCGAACCCUUGGGAGUUCGAGAAAAAGGCGUCGGUUGACUUGGGUGGGGAUCUCCUUACGUCAAUAAACUUCGACGAUUUCCACAGCAAUAUCACAUCCACCGAGCCUGCCUUCGACCAGCUUAAUUCUCCUACCGUUCCCGCCAAAAAUACCCCAAGACCUGAUGAGACCUCGAUUAUACCGCGGCCUAUAAGCAAAACGGGCAGUGUUCGAAAAGCAUCAGGAUCAGGAUCAAUUGGUCGUGCAGAAUCACUGAAGCGCCAACAGAGCAAUACUCCGACCACCGCGAGCCGGCAUACCUCCAACUCGGAAUCCAUGCAAGCUCCGGCAGCUACUCCAGUGCUCCGAAGUCGUAGACAGAAUCAUUUUCCACCCAAUUCAUUCAACAACAGCAACCCUGCUCCAAGAGCACCCCGAAAAUCCAUUGGUCCAGGGACGUUUGCGGUCCCAGAUUCUACAGAAACCGCACCACCUCGGAGGCGACCCAGUAUCGGCGUACGUAAGUCUGCUACGGACAAAGACACGUUGGGAAUGUCAGCGCGCCAAAGCAGCCGUUCUGGGGAGGCGGGAGAGGCCUCGAAAUCUGCUGCAACUGGGAGGAGUCUGAAGGCGAAGUCCCUUCAGCCGCCUAGACGAGAGAAUAGCAAUGACCAUUUAACGCCUGCUCGAACCCCUGAUCUCUCUCCAUCAUCUUCGACAAUCCUUUCGCGAACACUCAGAAAAUCCUCUGCGCGUACCGGAACGCCUUCCUCUUCCACAAAUAGAAGAGUUUCGGUUAUACAGCAUCAUGCCACUGGAUUGGGUGCAAGGACCAUCAGUCCGACAGAUGCGCGAAGGCUGAAGCGUCUGUCAAUGAUGCCUCAUGCACCACCUAUGCCUGCAAAUACCAUGCCUCAUACACCAGUAGCACCCGAGUCUGAGCCGCUUCCUCGACGACCACGAUCCACAGCUCAGUCACCGGCAUUGAACUCUCGCAAGAGUGUUACACCUUCUUCCACCAGGACAACUCCGGAUCCAAAUCGUAAAUCUUAUAGCUCUGGUCAGUCGUUAUCAUCAAGCACUAGCUACAAUUCUGUCAGAAACUCAACGGCGGGUCCGUUGCCACGGCUGCCAUCAGGGGUCAUCUCUUCUUCCCGUUUGCCUACCCCAAAACCUCGACAGGACAGCACCAAUGGCAAUGAGACCGAAGAAGUACCCCCAGUGCCAGCUAUUCCCAAGGCAUUCGAGUCCCCCCAAAGCGAAACAGAACAACCAUUCUUCUCUGCGCGAUCUUCCAGCUUGCCUCAAGUGGAUACUCCCAUUAGUGCCAGUCCAACAGUGGAAUCACUGGCUGAUGCGAUGGCUGCCCUUGAGACUCCAAUAGAUGCAGAACCAAUUUCGCCCAAACCAUCCCUCACAUCUGAUACUGAAGUAAGGUCGAAACCUGGCCCUGCUGUGAAGAGGAAGGGAUUGCAACCAUUAAGAUUACCCCCAAUCAAUCUUUUGCCGCUCAGCACGCCAACAGCUACAAAGAUCAUGGCAUUGGAAAAUGUGACUUCUCCAGACGACAGAGCUCAUACUCCACCUUCAAGAGGUCUGAAUGUGAAGACUCCCAGCACUCCAAUGACGGCUUCGAGGGUUAACUUCUCAUCACGGACUUACCACGAUAAUGAACCCACCCCUGCGAUUGAUAUUAGGAGCAGUAGUUCGCAUCAUGCUCUCCGCGGUGAUUUUGAGGCUUUUGCUGCGGCGAUGGGUUCGAACAACAACAUACCCUUUGCAUUUUGCACUUCGAACACCGCUCCACGCAACAUAUCUCCAUUCAUCUCCUCUUCAUUGCCAAAGAGUGGUGGUGAAUUUGCGAACUACAUGCAGCCCAAAUACGGCGGGGAGCUGAACCGGAGAAGCGUUUAUGCAAAGCCCACUGGACCAAGAGCACCAAGUUUCUCGCACAACAACACGCAAGAGGAGAAGACUUCGCCCCAUGAAACUGAGUCGUCUUUUUCGACGUCUGCGAUCCGACGCAAGUUGAGCCUGACUCGCCGGAGAAGCACCUCGAAAACACGGGAGAAUUCAGAAAGCGAUGUGGCAGCCAAAUACACCAGCAUGCCGCCUCCGAAGCUCCCCGCGUCGGCCACUUAUGGCAGCCUUGCCGUCACGGAUAUAAGUCCUACACAAAAGCAGAACUACCUCCAAUCUCGCCGGAAAACGUCUGCCUCGAGCUUCGGUACGAACGGGCCCAACGAAGCAGAUCAAGACUUUCAAGGUAAUCACAGUCCAAGAAUAGAAGGUCUUCCGUCCAUGGAGUCCAACCGCUCACUCAAUUUUCGCCCUGACCGAUCGUCUUCUUUGAUCUCACCUCCGCAGAAUGUGUACUCGCCCCGAUCUGUCAACCAGCUCAGACCCCAAGAUAUCGAUCUUGACCGUGACGAUCUGAUCGCCGAGGAGGAAAUGAAGAAGCUUGCGACAAAGCGGAAGGAUGCAGAAUCGGCAGCACGCGAGCUUGAUGCUCUUCGCCGCCGUGCCUGCCCAAGGGAUCGUGCAUCACCUUUGCAAGUCCUACAAGCAGCCAAUCUCAACAUCUUCGAGCGAGGCGAGAUAGUGGACUAUAAUGACGUGUAUUUUACCGGCACCCGCAUCGCGAAGAAGAUAGCUGGAGAUUUGGACGCUUCUACUACCAAUUUCGGCUAUGACGACGAGCGUGGUGAUUAUAACAUUAUCAGUGGCGAUCAUCUCGCGUAUCGAUACGAGGUGAUUGAUUUGCUUGGUAAAGGAAGCUUUGGCCAAGUCGUCAGGUGUAUCGACCACAAAACCGGCAUUCUUGUGGCUAUUAAGAUCAUUCGGAACAAGAAGCGCUUCCAUCAACAAGCUUUGGUGGAAGUCAACAUAUUGCAGAAAUUGCGUGAAUGGGAUCCAGACAACGAACACAGCGUGGUGAAGUUCGAUCAAAGCUUUUAUUUCCGUGGUCAUCUCUGUAUAUCAACAGAUCUCUUGGACAUGAAUCUCUACGAAUUCAUCAAGGCCCACGAGUUCCGUGGCUUCUCUUUGAAGCUCAUACGACGGUUCACGAAGCAGCUGUUGAACAGUCUCAUCCUUUUGAACGGUCACAAGGUCAUUCACUGCGAUCUCAAGCCCGAAAACGUCCUUCUAGCUCACCCCAUGCAUUCAGAGAUCAAGGUCAUCGAUUUUGGUUCAAGCUGCUUCGAAAAUGAGAAAGUCUACACUUACAUCCAAUCUCGGUUCUACCGCUCACCAGAGGUCAUACUAGGCAUGUCCUACGGUAUGCCGAUCGAUAUGUGGAGUCUGGGUUGUAUACUGGCAGAACUGUAUACAGGCUACCCCAUCUUCCCGGGAGAGAACGAACAGGAGCAGUUGGCAUGCAUAAUGGAAGUUUUCGGCCCCCCGGAGAAACACUUGAUUGAGAAGAGCAGCCGCAAGAAGCUAUUCUUCGAUUCUAUGGGCAAACCCCGCUUAACUGUCUCAUCCAAGGGACGUCGCAGGAGGCCAAGCUCGAAAGAACUCCGUCAAGUCCUAAAAUGUGAUGAUGAAGCGUUUGUUGAUUUCGUUGCAAAGUGUCUUCGCUGGGAUCCUUCUCGUCGACCUAAUCCUCAUCAAGCCAUGGCGCAUGAAUUCGUGACAGGUACAAAGCUCAAUACUCGCCGAGCGCAGGCGGUCGGUGCUACGAACACGCCAAUGAAACGACUAAACUCAAUUACGACACCGUCUACUACUAGACCUCUACCACAGUUACCCUCCACAAGUUUCAAGAACGGAUCAUAUCCCAGGCAAAUGGAAGUAGCAUUGAAUUCGCCCAGCAAACCUAUCCCAAAAAGGCAAUCAACCAUCAGCGGAACGCAGACUUCUUUCGCGGCGAAGCGGGCUUCUCAUGUACCACCCAUGGCAGCUGGCUCGACCAUGCCAAAAGUGAUACAUGGCCAGAGAAGUGUAAGCGGAAGGCCAGAUUUGGCAACCGCUGCCGCUGCCGCUGCAAGCUUGAGAUUAUAA